GGAAACUAAAAUCGCUGCCGGAAAAUUCAUAGAUUUUCUGUCUUUGGGGCGAAAGGCUGGAGACAAUAGCUGUCAGGUAGGAGAUAAAUUUACCCUCAGUCACUCGAUAUUCAAUUAUGUAUUUGCUUCACUUUUCCAGUUGUACAAUUUCAAUGUUUAAUUCUCAUCAGCUUUUUCACCGACGAAGAUUUUUAUCUUUCUGACAUCAAAUACAUCUUUUGAUGAAAUCAUUGAAGGUCUUCUUUAUUUGUUUUGAAGAUUAUAUUUCACGGCAGCAUUUUUUUUUCACCAGUAUUAUUUCUAAUAUACCGAAAUGCACUGUGUAAGACGUUUGGAACGACGUAAAUCUAUAUCCGUAAAAUAAGAUUUUUAUUGACUGUCAUGACGACUUAGAAUCAGAUACGUCGUUUUUAUUUCCCCAGAAAAUUUUUCGCAAAGUGGAAAACUGAAAUCAUGUUCAGAUUUAUCACUUCUUUCUUAAAUUUCAUCUCCGAACGGUCAGCCUUACAUUGCGGUAUAAAGAUCGGUUUUGUUCGAAAUUUGCUUUUGUAGGGAGUCUGUCUUAAGGUAAGAUGGCAGCUCAAUACCAAGCUGGCCUCGUGGGUUUCUUUUUUUUUUGGAAUGCUCCGAACGAAGUUACGGACUGAUCUUUAAGUCUGCGAGGAAGAUUUUUCACUCGUCGCCUGUGCUUUAAGUAAAUAUUUUACCAGAAGGCUAAACGAAAAUUAAAGUUAUUUAUGAGUACUUUUUCAGUGCUUAAAAUGAAAUCGUAAUCAGCCAACAAGCUUGUUUAAACUCAGAUAUCGACCACAUGUUUGAAUUUGGCUUUUUCCGCAUAGGCACGCAAUAACAAAAUCUCUUGACUAGUAAUACAGUUAAAUCCAAAGGAUGAAAUGUUUCCAUAAAACGGAUUGCUAACAAUGUAACAUGACCAUGGUUCAUGUUCCUUUUGCAUCUUAUAAGAGGCUGUUUUAGGGUGACAGACAGCUGGACUUAAAUUGAACAAAUAGUAGGCGACGAAAAAAUUAAAAAUAAAAUAAACCGGAACUGGAAAAAUGUUUUCUUAGUACACAGUCGAGUUGGAAUAAAGAGAAAUUUGUCUUAAAUUGAAAUAAGAUCCUUCCGCGGGGAGGAAAACAGAAAAUGUUAACUUAUGUUCAUUGUAAACUAAAGCAAAAACAUUGCACUCAAGAAUUAAAAAUGGAGCAAAACACCCCAGUAAUUGCUCCAUUGAACAGGAAAAUUGUUGUAAAUUGUUCCUCUUUGAGAAAGCCGCUGAUGUUGUAUAUGCAAAAAAAUAUUUUAAAACGUCUGAGUAUGUCAACUUGUUUUUUGGGGGGACCUUCGCUGAUGCUUAAGUUCGCUUUACUUUAAAAAAGUGAACGGGAAACCAAUCAAUUUUAAAUACACUACUCCGAAGGGUAAAAUAUAUGAGUAACUGCUGUUUUUUCCUAAUUAAGCACUGGGUGUCGCUUAGAUGAUUAUCUUUUGUUCAAUAUGAGUCUUUCAUUUCUUGUCUCAAAAUAAAAAUUUGUCUUCUCUGGUGCUUUCUACAGUCGAAUGUUCCAUGUAAAAAAAGCAUGUCACUUUCUUUACAUAUGAGUAAAACUUUAUAUUAAGGAAAUAUAAACUUCAUAUCUUAUCAGCCAAAAAAAAAAACAAUAUAGUUUAAGCUUUGCGCUGUUUCCUUUCGUUUAAACUUACUUAAAAUCUAGCACAAAAGGAUUAAAACAAGAAUCUGUUUAAGAGUGAACGCAAAGCACUUUGCUUAAAACUAACAAGUACCUUUAAAAAGGUAGAAUCUAGAAAAAAAGCGAUUUUUCAAAGACUUACUAAAAACAUCGAAAAAAAAAUGAAAUCCUAUCCAAUCUUUCACCUGCCAGGAAGAACAAUGAGUUAUUAUGAUUUCCUGCAGAAAUUAUCCUAAUAAUUUAUAUGACCAUAGUGCGAAUGCAGUAGUUUAAUAUACUUAUCCGAAGGGGGCUUUCAAAACUCCCCAGAUCGCGACCUGCUUGAUAUCGUUAGUUUACACCAAAACUGCUUAAAGUGUAUUUGUGUUCUAAAUUUGAAUCUGAAGCGAGGUUUCGCUCUUCAAAGUAAAGGUAAAAUGUCUACCGGGUAAAAACAUUUAAUUUGUUUAUGCGGGGAAGUUGCUGACACCGUCACUGUGAAUACCCCACAUCGCUUGACUUAAGAGGCGACAAAGUGAUAGCUUAGUAAUAUUCUAUUAUUUUAUGUGCUUUAUUAUAGAAAAUCUUUGGGCUUUUUUUCUCGUGAUUUAAAGAAAAGGCAUAGAUGAUAGUGUUGGGUAGCUGUUGAGUUUGUUCCUCAUUAGCACCAUUGAAAAGUCGAAAGGGCUGAUGACCGUCGCGGAAUAAAUUUAAAUUCAAAUUUAUCCCCUUUCAGCGAAUGUUUUUUUUUUUUCUAUACAGGUGGUUAAACGAGGAAAAGCCUUUUCACUUUUAUAAAAUACAGUAUUUAAGGUUUUGUUAUGCUCAAUUCGAUUUAAAGAGAAAUUAAAGAGGCUAUAGUUUUGCAGUCCUUUUUUGGAGAUGAUUGAUUUGCAGUUCUAGAAGAACAUAUCGCAGCAAAUUGCCUAAUCUGAUCUGAUAUUUUAGGCCAUAUGACUUCAUAUAUUAAAACCUAUUAAUUGCACUCUUUAUCUCGAUCGCAGAUUGAACGCUUUCGUGGGGUGAACAAAGUUCAACAAAAAUCAUGUCCACCAAUUGUACACAUCCUACGAACCUGUCUACUAGUCUAGCCGGCAAGCGAUCAUCAACUACGUAUACUGCUCCAUACGCCAGAGGUUUAAUUUCCCUUUAUAUUUUAAUCAUCGUCAUAUCUCUGAGUGCAUAUUGCGUGAUAAUACUGACCGUCUAUCUAAAUCGUCGCCUAAGAACGAUCUGCAACUUCUUCAUCAUCAGCCUAGGAGUCGCCGACGCCAUAAUUGUUACCAUGGUAAUGCCAGUCAACAUCAGCCAGCUUAUGGGUACCUUUCGUUUCCAAUCCGUCGCCCAUUGCCGAUUUGUAGCAACAGUCAGCCUCCUCGGCCUUUCCGCGGUUGCUUUAAACCUCUGUACUGUGAGUAUGGAGAGGUUUUUCGCCAUCGCUUACCCGUUUAAAUACGAGGCGUUCACCACGACGAAGACAACGGCGGGAGUAAUUGGUGGCGUGUGGCUGUAUUCACUUCUCGCCGCACUUUUGCCAAUUAUGGGCUGGCGUUCACAGCCGAUAGAAAUCAAAGGCAGUGUGUGCGUAAGUGACAACCAGGAGAGCUACACUCUUUUCAUGACAAUUGGUAGUUUUUUCAUUCCCGCUAUCAUCAUGGUUUCUUCAAACUUGAUAGUCUAUCGUAUCGCUACAAAUCAUGCAAAGAGGGUUAUUCGGGUCGUUCCAGUGAUGGGACCUCGCGCGGAUUUACUUCGUAAAAACUUCCGCGCCGCGAAGCGUAUUUCACUCAUCGUCGGGGCCUUCCUCGUUUGCUGGGUACCUCAUAUGGUGGUGUUAGUAGUAGGCAUGUAUAUUGGACCCAGAAAUGUGCCACUUACGGUGUACCCUGUAACCCUGUCUCUGCGGUACAGCUGCUCAGCGGUGAACCCGUGCCUGUUUUGUUUUACAAACCGAGAGUUGAGAAAAACGCUUAAGAAACUCGUUAAAAAGUCAAUGGGAAAGAGACCAGAGACAUCGCACUCCGGAACAAGUGACCUGGGAAUGGCGAUGCAGAGAAGGCGUUCCACUUUUGGAGGUAUGAGCCAAACCACGGAGAUCUCCAAUCAGCAGUAG